AUGGUUUCGGUGAAUGUAUCAGUGGUGUUUCACAUGAGUGGUGUUUUCCAUGUGGUUACAUUAUCUAUCAUUCGUUUCAUUUCACUAAAACAGCUGCUUAAAAUACAAUCUCUCAGGCCAUGGUUCAGUUACAAUAAAUGCCUACGUACCAUACUCUUCAUUAACAUCAGUGUUGCGCUAUUCUGCGUACCUUUCUUUUUUAAUUCUGAAGUUCGUGAAGUACCAUCACACAUCGAAUGUUCAACACAAUAUCCGGAAAUGAACAAUCUUUCAGCACAUGAGCUUGGUUUCACUAUUAUUGCUAUGAAUACCGUUCUUGGUCGAAUAAACUUCUGGCUUCUAGGCACUAUUUGCAAGCUAAUUCCAUGUACUCUCUUGGUGAUAAUGAGUGUACUAUUGAUUCAAAAACUACGAGAAAUUCAUUUACUCUCUAUCAGAUUCACAUCACCAACGCGUGAGCGAAGACAUCGACGAAUCACGUAUAUUAUCUUGAUAAUUAUGGUACUUUUUGUGGUCGUAGAGCUACCUCAAGGUGUGUUGUCAGUCUUAACAUCUUUGGUAGGUGUAAGUGAUUUAUUUGCGGACUCUGAAUUUAUUGGUGAUUUAUUUGACAUACUGUCAUUGCUCAAUUCUUGCGCAACGUUUGGCCUUUUCUGUGCAAUAAACAGCUGUACCCGAAAUGCACUUGCUCGAAAGUUAUCUCCAUUGAAUCAUAAACGUUUGCAGCGGAUUGCUCAUCUGUUAGUAAUUUACUAA